UAUCACCAUUCACUCACUCUCUUCCUUUGCGCGAUACUUCUUCACCUCGCUCUCGCUCACUGAUCUGUUGCACGCGCAGCUAAACCGCCGUCUGCUGGCUGCCCGAGCCCGAGCCCGGUCGCUAGGGUUCCGGAGCGCCGUCCAUCCGGCGAUCCAGUUAGUCUGUGCUCGCGCGUAGUUCCGAGAGUACGCUGGAGGAUUUCUUGCGCGCGCGCUCGGUUUUGUUCCAAGCCAGGACGAACGACCACACAGCAUACACGUUCCCAGCUCUCGUAUCGAAUCGAUUGUUGUUUACGACGCGGCGACCGCUGGAGUUUUUCGAUUAUCCCCGCGUGCGUUCUUCUUCGUCCACCCGCCGUCUUCGGGUCGGUACCGUCGUCGGAGUGAUCGCUUUUCCGCCGUGUUUCCCGCGACCCGUGCAGUGGUGUGUCUUCGCGCCGGUGUGCCGUCGUCGUCGUUAUGCAUAGAGAAGCAAUAGUGAAUCAGUGAUUAAAAUCUGUGAGUGAAUAACAAGGGGAGCAGCCUGGCAAUAUAGUGCAGGCAUAGUGAGAGUGCUGAGAAUCUGUUUUUCCUGUUGGUGGAUUACGACCCUUGAAGGGUUUCUGUGGAGUGCACCGAGAAGAAGGGGAGCCAUGAAGCGGCGCUGGUGGUGGCGGCGUGUAUUUUUGGUGCUAACGAUACUGGUGGCGGUGUCGGUAGCAACGGCCCGAGCAGACGAAAACAUGGACACCCGGGAAGGCGAAACCCUCACGCUGAAGUGCCGUUUCAGUGAACAGCAACCGUCCAACGAUUUCACCUACUACUGGGCCCGAUGGACAACGGCCAACAAGUUCGACAACGUGGCCAUCAACAACGUGCAGCUGAACACCAACUACAGAAUCGACUUCCGGCCCGAGAAGGGUGUCUACGAUCUGCACAUCACCAACACCUCGUACAGCCGGGAUAACGGCCGGUUCGAAUGCCGCAUCAAAGCCAGCGGCACCGGAGCCGAUGUGCACCAGCAGUACUACAACCUGACGGUGCUGACGCCUCCCCAGCCGCCCCUAGUCGCACCCGGAACGAUAGCCGUUGCUACCGAGGACAAAAAGCUGGAUUUGACCUGUAGCAGUAUAGGAGGCUCACCGGAUCCGACGAUAACAUGGUUCCGAGUGGGAUCGAACACCCCACUACCCGCCCCAAUCAACAAGGGUGGCUCGAAGGAUCUGCAGACGACGAGCACGCUCUCGGUACUGCCCCGCCGGGAGGACGACGGGGCCAAGUACCGGUGCGUGGUGUGGAACCGAGCCAUGCCGGAGGGGCACCGCCUGGAGACGAUCGUCACGCUGUCCGUUAACUAUUAUCCAAGAGUGAAAAUCGGACCGGAAAAUCCGCUACGAGUGGAGCGUGACACAACGGCCAAGCUCGAGUGCUCCGUCGAUGCCAAGCCAAACGUGCCGAACGUCCGGUGGACACGGAAUGGACGGUUCAUUAGCUCCUCCCCGACGCAUGCCAUCCAGCGAGUGUCCAUCCAAGACGCUGGGGAGUACGGCUGUUCGGCAGACAACGGGCUGGGUAAGGUGGGCGAACAGCUCAUCAUGUUGGACGUGCAGUACGCCCCGGUUGUGGUCAUUGAGUCCAAGACAUGGGAAGCCGAAGAGCGGGAAACGGUUACGAUUAGAUGUAACGUCACGUCCAACCCGCCACCGAUCUCAAUCGAAUGGUUCAAGGAAGGUAGUCCAGAUUUCCGAUAUGCCGGAGACAUACUACAGUUGCGUGAGGUGAAGGCAGAACAUGCUGGAACAUAUGUGUGUCGGGCGGUUAAUAUGAUCAAACCGUACGGAGGAAAGAUAGCGGAAAGGAUCGGAAACUCAACCGUUGCUCUGCUAGUUCGACACCGUCCUGGACAGGCUUAUAUCAAUCCUAGUAAACCAGUUGUGCAUGUGGGCAGUGGCGUAACGCUGACUUGUUCUGCCAAUCCCCCAGGAUGGCCUGUUCCUCAAUUCCGGUGGUUUAAGGACGCGGUCGGAGAAGUGUCCUCGAACACGAUACUCGCUCAGGGUCCUCAAUAUGUAAUUCCCAGAGCUCAUCUUGGAAGUGAAGGAAGCUAUCACUGCCACGCAGUUAACGAACUUGGUCAUGGGCCAAUGGCCACUAUCAAACUUGAGGUUCAUCAACCACCUCAAUUCAUCGGUAAAAUGCAGCAACACAUGACUAAGCGGGUCGGGGACACAGAUUUCUCCGCAAGCUGUCACGCCAAAGGCAAACCUCGACCAACGGUCCGAUGGCUCAAAGAUGGUCGAGACAUCACAACCGAUGCCAACAUGUACCGCAUCAGUACCAGCAACAACGACGGUCUAAGUGGAAUGGUGACCGUUCAAAGCAUGCUCGUAUUCCAGGGUAAAGCUCGCCCGCAUAAAACCCAGCUUCUACCCAGCGACCGCGGAACGUACACCUGCUUGUAUGAAAAUGAGGUGGCCUCAGCCAACGCCAGUAUGCACCUUCGCAUCGAACAUGGACCGAUUGUAUUGCAUCAAUACAACAAGGUUGCAUACGAAAUCAAAGAAUCCGCUGAGGUCAUCUGUAGAGUUCAAGCCUAUCCAAAACCGGAGUUCCAGUGGCACUUUGGAACCAAUACAGCUGCCCUAUCCAUGUCCUCAGAUGGCCACUACGAGAUCAACACAACCACCGAUAACAACGACAUCUACACCAGUGUCCUAAGGAUCAACAACCUCAAGCACCAAGACUACGGAGAUUACACCUGCCGUGUAGGUAACUCGAUUGAAACCAUCCGUGCUCCGAUCAGGCUGCAACCCAAGGGACCCCCAGAGAAACCCACCAACCUGCACGCAGCUGACGUCGGAUCCAACUACGUCUCUUUGGUGUGGGAUCCCGGUUUCGACGGCGGCAUCAGCAACACAAAGUUCUUCGUAUCCUACCGCAAAGUAGCCAUCCCCCAUCACGAUCAACUGAACGGUGACUGUGGCAUCGUCCAGCAGACCAGCUCUGAGUGGAUGGAAUUCGACUGCCAGCGUGACGUGCCCUGCAGCGUUACCCCGCUAGAUCAGCACCAAAGCUACGUGUUCAAGGUAAAAGCCUUCAACGCGAAGGGUAACUCCGAGCCGUCGAACGAAAUCGCCACGACUACCAAAGUGAGCAAAGUCCCGGUACCGCUGCACGUUGGAUUCGAUCCCGAAACGCGGCAACUGGGAGUGAACGUGGGUGCCACGUGUCUCUCGCUGAUCGCCAUCGUCGAAUCGAUCGGUUACCACGACAGUCCCAUAUCUACGUGGCAAGUGGUACAGACGGUUCCGCUGGCCGCAUCCGGAAGCAAACCGACGUAUAAGGAGGAGAUCAUGGAUAAUAUGAUUUCUGCGAGAAGAAGUAGCGCUAGGUCCUUGGGUGAGGAUGACCUACCGAUGGCGCUAGAAGAGGAGAUUCCUCCUAGGGUGCGAGUGAAGUUGUGUCUGAAGUCCAACCAUGAACACUGCGGAGACUACGUCGAUGCUGAGAUUGGUCCAGCCUACGUCCACGACUCGGCCUUCAUGGCAACACCAACCCUGAUCGCCAUCGUAGUGUCCUGUGUCGUGUUUGCCCUAUUCGUAGGGCUUCUGCUGAUGUUCUGCCGCUGCAAGCGAAAGCAUACCAAAAAAUCUUCCACCACCAAAGACUACGAAAUGGACUCGGUGCGGCCCUCAAUCGUAGCGCAGCAAAGUCAAGCACCACCUCCGUACUAUCCGACCACCGGGCUCGACAACAAAGCACUGGAACACUCGAUGGAUUUGGCUCUGGCCAUGGAAGACCAGAAAACUUCCGUCUACGCAACACAGAAUGGCUACGGAUAUCACACGGGAACCAGUUUGCAGGUGCCGAACCACACCAUCGUCGGCCAAGAAUGGGUCACAAUGGGUUACGCCGAGAACAACUACGCCAAUUCAAACAACGGAGGUAGCGUUAAUUCACAGGAUUCGAUCUGGCAGCUAAAAAUGUCGGCAGCCCAGGCAGCUGCCGCCGCGAACAGCAGUACUCUAAUGGCGACGCAGCACUACGCAGAGCGACCGACGCCGGUAACGGCCACGGCCAGCAGUAGUGCCGCCGCCAUGUCCUACGGGUAUGACCCGCUCACGCAUCCCGCCUAUGGCACAGUGGAGGACUAUGCCAGCUAUCCGCACCUGGCGGCGACACCUAGUCAGCACGGCGCCGAGGACGAGUACCAGCAUACGCUCCGCCAGAGUCAGAACCCGUCGCGGCAGGAGUUCUGCGGCGAUUCCUACGCAUCUGUACAUAAACCGAAGAAGCGGUUAGACCAGCCCCAUUUAGAUUCAUCAUCAUAUCACGACGUUAGUGGGUUACCUGAUCCCUACCUGGAGCACCACCACCAACUGCACCAUCACCAGGACCAGGAGGAUAGCACAUCCCUUCUACAGCAGCAACAGCAGUUACAUGUCCAACAACAGCAACAUCAACAGCAACAGCAACAGCAGCAGCAGCAGCAGCAAAUGUCCCUCAACUACGACGAGAACAUGGAAAGUGGCUACUCGACACCCAACUCGCGGAAUCGACGCGUGAUACGAGAGAUCAUUGUCUGAGAACAGCCCAGGGUACGUUUCGCCAACGGAACGUGCCUGUGAAUCGUCCAAAUUGGAACCACACAACCAACCACCUUGCACUAGGGCCCGAAGGAUGACAGGAUAAUUCCUUCACGUGCAAAAAAGAAACCAGGAUAUGGCGGCACUCUCCCCCUUCGGAAAAGGAUAAGAUUUUUUUGUGGCUGAAUUAGAAUAGGAAUAUAGGGGAUACAUAUCAACCGGAUUGGUUCACCAAUCCUGUUGAUAUGGCAUCUUCGUCGGGAACCGUGAAACCUACCAACCAACCGUGUGGUGCGGUGGUAGGCAAUCUUAAGAAUUUAACGGGCGCCAUUUGCACGCGGUACGCUACGCGCCCAUCAUGCUAGGAAAAUUAUUUUAGCAAAUUACCCACAGAAUCAGAGGAAAAAACAAACACUCGCGCUCGUAGAAUAGAACCGGAGGGAUGGGAGGAGCGGCAUAAUUAUCCCAGGUACGACGCGCUUGCGAGACAAAUGGCGGCGAAUGGUUUUAUGGUUUUAUGGGGUUGUAAAGGCCGCGCAUAUUGAUUUGUGAAUAACUACUGGCAGUAGUGCGAGAAAAAAUGACUAUUUUUUUGCACGAAAGGAUUUAUCGCUGUUCGGUUAUUGUUUCAAUUAUGGAAACGCAUUGUGAAUUUAUCCGAAGGUUUUUUUAUGAGCCCCUCUAUUAUUACAUUAUUGAGCGGAACUCCUAAUAACGGUGAUACGUUUGAGCAAAUAAGCGCUCAUCUGUCAUAAUAUUUAAUAAGUUAAUUGUUAUGUACUUAUAAUUUUUCAUGG